AUGGGUUACAGAAAUGAGAGUAUGACAUUUGAUGAAAUUAUGGAACAAGUUGAAGUUGCUUUUGCCGAAAAAUUUGGCUCAAAAGACUGCAAUAAAUAUCCAACUGUUGUGGAAAUCAGACCAAGUGGAGGACCUGCUUGCGAAUCAUUAUUCACGGUACUUCGGCACGUGACAGAUGAUCAGAUUGGCAUGAAAGCGUGUGGUAAAUCACCUCAUAUUUUCCAAAGCGAAUGGCCUAAUUUCUCUGUUUAUAUAAAACGUUUCCAUUUAAAAUCUAUUAAACAAGAUGAAUUUAUGGAUGAAACAAAGGAUUUUAUUGAACAAUUAUCAGAAGGUAAUUUUAACUAUAUGCCAGAACCAUAUUAUUGGAUUAUAUACGAUCCAUCAUUAAUGAAUGGUGAAGAUGGCAAUGCAGAGAUUUGGUUAAAAAUUGAAUAA